AUGGCAGACGAUGAUGCAGCAUCUGUGCGUGUGGCUGUACGUAUCCGGCCGCUUAUUGGCCGUGAGAAAGUUGAGCGAUGUGACGAGUGUAUAUCUGUGCUGGAAGAGGAAAAUCAAAUUGUUAUGGGUAAGAAUCGUGCCUUCACGUACGAUUACGUGUUCAGUAAGUACGCACAGCAGAGCGACAUAUGGUGCUGCGUAGAUCCUCUCAUACGAGCUACAUUUGAUGGCUACAACUCAACCAUUUUUGCCUACGGUCAGACCGGAUCAGGUAAGACGUAUACGAUGGGCAGCGGCAGUUCCGUACACAUUCCACCGGAGGAUUACGGCAUCAUCCCUCGUGUGAUCAGCUACAUGUUUGAUCAGAUGGAAACCAAGAUUCAGGAAAACGAGCAUUACAAAGCGGAGCUCAAGAUCCGGUUUUUGGAGAUCUAUGGAGAAGAAAUUCAUGAUCUUCUCGUAACGCUGGGGGACUCUACGGGGGAAAGUAAAGUUAGUCUACGUGAAGCGGAACAUGGAGAAGUUCAGGUCACAGGAGCUUCAGAAAUUCAAGUUACAGACUCGGAUGAGUGUAUGAAAUUGCUGGAAAGGGGCACGUUGUGUCGUACGACGGGCAGUACGCUCAUGAACGCCCACUCGAGUCGUUCCCAUGCCAUUUUUACAGUUACUUUGGUGCAGCAGAUACCUAUUUGUGAUCUUUCUGCUAAUAGCAGGAUAAUGGAAGAAGGAGACUACGAAACGAGAAACUCGUACUUUAAUUUUGUAGAUCUUGCUGGCUCAGAACGACAGAAGAGGACGCAAGCAGAGGGCAAGCGAUUAAAAGAAGGCAUCGAUAUUAACAAAGGCCUUCUUGCACUUGGCAAUGUAAUCAGUGCGUUGGGAGACGACAAGAAGCGAGGCAAAGUACACAUUCCGUAUCGUGACUCCAAGUUAACUCGUAUGCUUCAAGACUCUCUGGGUGGCAACAGCAGAACAUUAAUGCUUACUUGUGUAAGCCCUGCUGAUGUAAAUUUUGAAGAGACGUUAAACGCGCUAAAGUAUGCAAACCGUGCGAGGAACAUUCAGAACAAGCCUGUGGUCAACCGUGACCAAGCAUCAGCCAUGACCAUGGAAUUGCGUCGCCAGGUAAACAUGCUUCAAAUGGAAGUGCAUAGGCUGCGUAAUCCGGGGCUUUCGGAAAGCGAACUGAAGAUGGAAACGGUGGGGACAAAUUUUAUCGGCAUGGCGAGCGACUUCGAUUCAUUUGGAAAUCUUCAGAUGCGAGCUGAGAAUGCUGAAAAUGAGGUGGCCCGACUGAUAGCCGAGCUGAAGCGUGGCAAAACUCAACUUGAUCACUUGAAGGAGGAGAUGAUCGCAGCACAAGCAGAACGCGACUACUUGAGACUGUGCAUUGAAGAAGGUACAGGUGGAAGCUCCAUGUCACCGGAUGAGAAAGUGUCGAAGUGCAAUGUUUUGAGAGACCAGCUUCGAACAAUUUGCGAGUUGCAAGAAAAACUUCGAGCAACUGAGAGAGACCGUGACAACGUCAUUAUGAACUUUCCUGGAUCAAUAGCCAGCGGCAACAGCAGCGAAGCUCGACCAUCGACCUCCCAUGCCUUUGUUCUUCCUUCGCUUGCGGCAGGUAAUGCGAAUAUGGGCAACGAAUUGAUUGAACGAGCAGAGAAAGAAAUAGAGAGAGAAACAGCCUUGUUAAAUAAGUUGAAAGAAGGUGAAAGCGGUGACGAUGCUAGCGGUGACAGUGAAGGAAGUAGAAACGACAAUAGUUUGGCAGACGGCUUGGAAGUCGAGGCGGCAACUCAAGAGGAAGCUGAUCGUAUACGUGUGUUUCAGCGCCGUCAACGCCACCUUGGUGAAUCGGUGCAAGAUCUUGCUCACGACAUUUCCUUGAAGGAGCAGCUGGUGCAAAACAUUCGCCAGGCUCAAGAAAACUACGAUCGAAUGCGAAGUUUUUAUGAGCAGAAGAUGGCUGAAAUGGUGGAAGAGAUGCAUACUGCCCAGGUGGAUCGCGAUCGCCUUGUGGAGGAGAUACAGCAGAUCGAAAAGAAGACCGAUGGUGAAGGAGAUACGUCCGGCGAUAAUGGGCGACUGGCAAAGCUGUCAAGAGACCUGAAGCUGAAGGAAGAAGAACUCCAUACACUACGAAAGAAACAAAGCGAUAUCAGCCGCUUUAUGGACCAGAAACAAAAGAACGAGAUGCAGCUGCGCGUGCUAAACUCGGAGAUCACCAACAUGAAGCGGCAAAAGGUGGACCUAGUCAAGAAAAUGCAGGAAGAGAGAAAACGAUAUGAAAUUGAGGCAAAACAACGGCGCCGCGAGAUUAUGAGUCUCAAACGCAGUCAGCAGCGUGAUAAACAACAAAUUUUGCGCUUAGGGUCUCAGAAGGAUGCUCAAGAGCGGGUGCUUAAGCGAAAGAUGGAAGAAGUUACAAUUGCAAAGCAAAGGCUGAAACAUCAACAACAACUGACAGCACAAGCAAAGAAAAUGAAUUCAUUUUCUGGUCGGAAGAAGAAGAACAGUGGUAUGGAUCGAGUUGACCACGAUGCCAUGUGGUUGUCAGAAGAGGUGAAAAAGCGUGCGGAGGAGCAACAAAAACUGGAGCAGCUGCAGAAGGAACGAGAGGCUGUGGCUGAGGAGAUGGAAACGCUUUAUGCUCAACGGGACAUGCUUGAGAGGGAGGUAAAGAACUCUGUUUCGUCACAAACGAACAUUCGGGAUGUGUUAGCCUCACCUAUGCAAGGUUUUUUGCCCCGUGAAAGUAACAGCGCCCAAAACCAGCAACUGACUCUUGCUGAAGAGCAAUUACUGUACGACUUGGAGGAGCGGAUUGAAGCCUGUCAAGCCCAGUUGGAGUACAAAGAAGAGAAAAUUUCUGAAAUUGCUGACGAUGUACGGAUGGCUGACGAAGGCAACGCGCUUGCAAAAAUUGAGACGACGAAGUCAUUGCCCGAAGCUCGUACACUGCUAAAAAUGCUGUUUAGUAUGGCUGUCGAUGUGAAGAAGCAAGACCAGCGCAGGGAGCAAGAAGUCGCCAAACUGCAAGUGCAAAUGGCGGAUCUUGCUCGCCAUCUUGAGCAAGAGCGAGAGAAAACAGUGCAAAUGAAGCAGAGUUACGAAGAAUCAUUGCAGCGUGUGAUAGAGAGAGGAACAAGCGUCGACGGACCGUCCUUUGCACAUGAGCCGCUUGGCGAGCGUAGUCGCGUGCUGUUGUCGGUGUAUGAAGAAAGGAAUUCGGUGCUUCGAAAAAAAUGCGAUGAAUUGGAAAGGGUUUUCUCUACAAAGGAUCGGGAAAAACAGUUAAUGGAAGACCGUCUUCAGCAGGAGCAGCUGGAACUUGCUUCUAGUAGAAAUCGUGUCCGAUUCUUGGAAACCAAGAUAAGAAAGCUAAGAGCUGCGGCUGUGGGGGCAAGUCAGAAACUAGGCCGGUCUCGAGUCCCUGUUUCAUCGUCGAUUGGGUACAAGUUUGCGGUAGUGCCAAGACAGGUCAAAUCAGGGUCGACUUCAGGGGUCAACGACUCGGGUGACGAUGAAGAUAUGGGUAGCAAUGACGAUGAUGAACGUGAGCAUGACGGCAAGGACGUCCCUAUACGAAGUGAUGACAAUGACGACGCGCAGACUCUUCUUUCGUUCGGCGAAGAUAGCCGCCGUUUUAAGGUGGAGUUGGAAAAUGUUGGUGGUUCUAACCUGGAGCUUGCAUCAAUGUUAUUGCAGAGAAAUAGUGCACUGCUACACAAUGGUAGUGAAGAGUCUAGUUUUCAUGGAAAUGAUAGAGAUGGUGCCAGCUCACCGCAUAUGGGUAGUGAUGAUUCUUCGACCACGUCCAAAUCCAUUUUUUCGCGACUGUCGAACCCUACAAAUUUCACGGGUAUUCACAAAAAUCGUCUGCGAGACAGUGCUUCAAAACGUGAAAUCCUGCAAAGCCGCUCAGAGCGCAAUCGCUCGAGGCGAUUAAAGGACAAGGGGCAGCACAAAUUGCAGAGGUCCUUGAAUGCUCCGACAGAGCAAUUUGUUGGAACACUUGGAGGUUAUAAGAAUCCACAUUCGGACAAGGGCAAUUCGGUCUUAGAGGUGCUUGCCAAUAUGAAGCGCGAGAACGAGUCUGAGCAAUACAUCAGCAGCUUUUCUGGCUUGCGGCAGCCGACGUCCUACGUAAGUGCAGGCCACUCACGUAACUACAGUAGCGACGACAAUGAGUUUGCGGCCUUAGGCAACGGUGCCAUUGGCUCGAUCCCACCUUCCGCUCCGCAUGGCGAUGUAUACUCUCGCUUGGCGGUUCAAUACACGGCCUCUGCUAAGAAUAAGCGUCAACACUUGACCACUCCUGCCCGCCGUGAAAAGGGAGAUGAAAGCUCAGAAAAGGCGGCGUUACGUGGAAAUGAGCUGAAAGAGAAUAUGUACGUCAUAGACCAACACGGAGGCAAUCAUACUGGCAACGAGGACGAGUUUAGCUAUGAUCCACUCCUCGGUGGAGACAGCCUCAUCAAGCAGGUUCAUGACGACUAUCAGGAGCGCUUAGCCCAGCGGAACGCCGAUGCCUGA